AUGUGUGUAGAUGACACUAGACUCGGUGAUGGGGGUCAGAAAUCGACAGUAGGGGAAAGUGUGGACGCUCAAGAUUGGGAGAUUUGGGUCAGUGGCGAGUCAGCCCCAGAUGUCAAGCUCGACAUGAACGACCAAUAUGGGCUCGCCUGUGGUCUAGAUAGCUAUUUUGACGCGCAUGGCCAGUUCGGGGGUUUCCCGUGUGAUCCUACAGUGAACGCCCAAGCGCCUUUCCAACACGUCGCAUCUUCCUACUUACCACCGACAUAUGACCAUGUCAGUCCCUCACAACUCAGCACAGAACCAGAGGUUCCAAAGCAUGAAACAGACCAAGGUCAGCCGCCUAACGACGACCCACAAGUCAAAUUCGAAGCCACAAAUGACAUUGACCAUCUCAAAAUUCUCUACGACGAAGUCCGUAUCUUGAAGAUGAAGAACGCUCGUCUUGGGAGAGAAUUGAAAAUGGGGCUCAAGAGCCAGCGUGACAUGUCCUCGCGGUCCCUGAGUGUUGUCCAGGACCAGCUGAGCCAGGCUCACAAGUUCUUCGAAUUCUGGGGUGGUCAGACUAAGACAAACACGAAACAGCUUCAAGAUCUCGAGAGCCGUUGUCUUGGCCGCCACAUCUGUUUGCAGGACUUGGUCGGGGAAACCGGACAUGUUGUGAUGACAGAUUUCGAAGGCCGGAGAUAA